GGCAGGGUGGGAGGGAGUUAGACAGAGAGAAAGAGAUUCUCACACUGGCUGUGUCCUAAUCCGAGUCCAUCUCCAAGACGCAGCGGAGCAGAGUGUUAGUGAAGUGAUUCCGAGAGCCGGGGAGAGCCGCAUCAGCUCGUCACACACACACACACACACACACACACGCCUCCACACAGUCUCCUUCCUCCGCUGUCACAGGCACACACUCUUGCAACGGGAUGCGUCCGGCUGCGCGGCCACGGCUUUUGUGAAAGUGAGGGGAUUGACGGUGCCCACCCCUUCCUGACUGUCCCAGCCGGCCCCCCUUUGGCUCACACACACCGCGUCUGUUUGCUGUGUCUAAGCUCGGGGCGCUGCUGCUUCUGCUGCUGGAGGAGGAGGAGGAGGUGGUGGUGGUGUCGGAGGUGGGGUGGGCACUGCCAGGGCAGAGAAGGGGGCACCUUAGAGGAAAGGGGGAGGGGGAGGGGGAGGAGAAAGAGGAAGACAACAAAGUGGAUCAGAUCAACCGCACGCGGACUGGAAAUGCCCGUCAGGUCUGAGUCUGUCGCAAUCCGAACCGACCGCAGCCUUCGUUAAGGAGCAGCGCCAGGCGCUGGAUUGGUGCAAGCAUGGCGAGCAUGCCGUUUGUCAGCGAGGGGAAAUGUGUGAGUGUGGAGUGGGAUUUCCUUCAAGGACUUCUCGCCAAACCUCCUACACUACCCUGUCUCCAGAACCUGCGUAAAGAGAAAUCUCGCAAUGCAGCUCGUUCUCGACGGGGGAAGGAGAACUUUGAGUUCUUUGAGCUGGCUAAGAUGCUGCCUUUGCCAGGGGCCAUCACGAGUCAGCUCGACAAAGCGUCAGUCAUUCGGCUGACUAUCAGCUAUCUACACAUGCGCACCUUUGCAAGUCAAGGAGACCCACCAUGGAGCCCUCUGCUGGAGGGAGACAACAACUGCAACAAAGUUAGACGAUCAUCCCAUUCUCUGGCCACUGAUAUGUUUGAGCAGCACCUUGGGGCUCACCUCCUGCAGUCUCUGGAUGGCUUUGUGUUUGUGGUCAGUCAGGAGGGACGCUUCCUCUACAUCUCAGAGACAGUUUCCAUCUACCUGGGGCUCUCACAGGUGGAGCUGACCGGCAGCAGCGUGUUCGACUACAUCCACCCAGCGGACCACGUGGAGAUGGCCGAGCGGCUGGGGAUCAAACCGCAUCUGCGGGCCGAAGCCGGCUGCCACAUUGCCCCCGACAGCGCCUCCAGCACCGCCUCCACCUCUUCACUAGCCGGUCCCUCCAGUCCUCAUUCUGCUGCUGACGAUCCUCCAGAACGUGGCUUUUUCAUCCGAAUGAAGUCCACACUCACCAAAAGAGGCCUACAUGUCAAAUCCUCCGGAUACAAGGUCAUCCAUGUGACCGGUCGGAUCCGCUGCCGCCCCGCGCUCGUCCCGGGUUUCACGCGCUCAGUCUAUCGCCCGAUGGGCUUGGUGGCUCUCGCACACACGCUCCCGCCCUCCACGCUCAACGAGGUCCGCAUGGAGAGCAACAUGUUUGUCUUCCGAGUGAACAUGGACUUGCAGGUCACAUAUUGUGAAAACAGGAUCUCAGAGUAUAUGGAUCUGACCCCAGCGGAAGUGGUGGGACAUACCUGUUAUCAUUUCGUCCAUGUGGAGGAUCUGGAAAAUAUCCGGCAGAGCCACGAGGACCUGCUGAGGAAAGGCCAGGUGGUGACGGGCUACUACCGCUGGCUUCAGAGGAGAGGAGGUUACCUGUGGAUCCAGUCCACUGCCACUGUCUCCAUCAAUCACAAAGCCCCCCAUGAGCGCAAUGUCAUCUGGGUGAACUACGUCCUGAGUCGAACUGAGAUGCCCGACACUCCCUUGGAUCUGCUGCAGCUACCGGAGAGCAUAAGAGCCGAGAGACUUCGAGUCAGCUCGUCCCCCACCGACGGCUCCCCGCAGGCCCGAGGUCAACCACCGGGGAAGACAGUCGGAAAGAGUGACCCUGACAGCAAAGGUAGAGAAAAAUUUGCUGCCCCCGCCGUCCAAUCAGAGGAGAGAAGGAAGCGCCUGCUAAGGUCCGACCACGAGGGAGCGCCUCCUGAGAGCCGGCGUCGCCUGGAGGAACUUCGACACACGGAGGAAGUGGUGUCAGCCUCCUCAGACCUCGAAAGUGAAGGCGAUGAGGAGGAAGAGCCGGAGUGGGAGCAGGGGGGCGACAGCGACAGACUGAAGCAGGAAGACAGCGGGGGAGGGGGCAAACAGGGCAGAGGAGGGGACGCCACAACGGGAGGGGACAGAGCGGGCCGGGUGCACAACGGCCGGGCCGUCAUCCAGCAGCUGAAAAGCGUGGUGGCACCGUCCACCCUGCCGCAAAGUCCCACCAUCAAGACUGAACACGAAGUCCUGUCCACCGGAGGGCGCUGGGGGUCCCACACGCACGCCUCACAGCCCCAGCCGACGCACGCGCACACACCGUCCAGCAGCCUAAACGGCGACAGCCCCACCACCCCAAUCCCAGAUUCCUCGUCCAGCAGCGAGGCGCCGCCGAAGGGCCUGUUCACCCCUCCGUCUCCUGCCCUAUCUCCUGCCAUGUCCGUGUCCUCCCCACAGCCCCGCGAGGACAGGGUCGUCUCCGGGAUAGUGAGCCGUGGCGCCGCGGGCGGCGGCACCGGAAACGGCCCCGACUUCGAGCUGCUCCAAAGACUAGCGGGUGGCGCGGCCGGACGGGUCCUCUUCCACCCCCUCGCCCUCGGUCCUCAGGGCCCUCAGAGCCUCUACGCUCCCAGCACCAUCCGCUACGCUCCGCCGGAGCUGCCGCCCUCCCACCACCACGGUGGGGGCCAUGGCGACAGCCUGCAGCUACGCUCGGACCACCACAAGGGACCCCCGCCGACCUUCUUCCCGCACUUGCAGCGGCUGGCCGGGCUGCCACCCUUCAGCGGUUUCUCACCGUCUGACAGCCCUUUCUCCUCCAGCCUGCCUUUCUGUAUGAACGGACUGAGGGGGGCCGCGGGCACGGAGGAGGACUGAACCUCACCAGGGGAGAAGGAGAGAGGAGAAAAUCAAAAAUGAAGUGACAUGACAGACCGAGAGACACUGCAAAAGGGCAUGAAAGACAGAAAUGGCCUCUAAGGACGUUACUAAUUGGACAAUGAGCUGAGUAACUGCAGUCUUGAAGAAUGCGAUACAAAAAUCUACGGUGAACCAGUGACAGCAGCUCUCAGAGAAAACAGAACACGGACACUUUUGAUUGGCUGUCCCUAAAGACGUCUCAUCUCCGCAACAAUACAGAACUCUGCUCUGUCCUUCUCUAGACGACCGCGUUGCUUUCUGUGUCUCUUCCACUUGGAGAAGCCAUACUGUACAUAGCUACGAACGAAACCACGAAGACCCUCAGCUUACAUCCAUGUCACUUUUACUCCAGUUAAACCAGUAGGAGGACUCUUGCCAAUGGGGGGAUGAAAGGAGACAUUUGGAGUAAAAUGUUUUUAUCAUUGCAGUAUUAUAAAAGUAUCUCUUCCACUGGGUUUCCCUUAAUAUAGGUAGAGAUGACCUUUUGAUGUUUUAUAUCGGAUCUCUGAAAGAUAUUACAGGAGUGUUCAUCAGUCAGCCAUACUUAAAGCACAGUGUUGGGACAAAACCAUGAGUAACGUGGUCCCAGACAUUCCAGUAUUAUAUAAAGAGUGAAAAAUUGCAUCGCAGACAGUUGUUGUUUGAAUAUAAGAUGGUAAUUUGUUUGACUAAGUGUUAAUUAUAGUAUAUUCUUUAUGAAGCUGAGGGUGUGUUUGUGUAUGAAAGCCAUACCGUUUUUUUCUUUUCUUUUCUUAUCAUUAUUAAUAUUUUUUUUAAAACAUUAAUUCAUUGAUGUAGGAUCUUUGUUUCCAAACAUACAAAUUAACGUAGUUUUAUUGGAUGUGAAAUGUCAUCCAUUUUUCUUUUUCUUUUUUUUUUUUAAAAGUAUAUUUCUGAGAAUGUUUAGAGGAGGACAUGGUGCAGGACAGAAAUGUUUUUGUCACCUGGACCUCUUGUGUUUUUUUAUGAGCACUUACUGAAAUUUGUUCCGGUGUGAACUCAAUGCACUUGGUGACUCGGAUGUUUGAUCCUGUUAAAACAGAAAAACAACAGAAGUGGUCGUUAAUAAUAUAGACUGACUGCAGAGCACUGAAGGGGGAGGGGCGGCGGUAUUUGUGUUAAAAAAAAAUCAUUAAAAAAAAAAAGACAGGUCGAUAAAUAGACCCUUGUGGUCAUUAAAAUAUGACAAUUUGGGGUCGAUAUAACAAAGCUGUCAACUCGGUAUAGGGUUUUAAAUUAAAGUAGAGAAACGGGGCUCUCAGCGUUAAUUAGCAUCUCCGGUAAAGAUGUGCAUGUGAAGUCAUCUUUUAUUGCAGCAGCAUAAUGCCACAAUAAAUACCUACUUUUAAUUUGAAUGCUAAUAUUCAGAGAGUAUUAAAAGCAAAACGCCUGACGUUAUGAAGGAAUCAUUUCCCACAAUUAGUGAUCCCCUGAAAUAAAUGUAACAAAAGCAGCAAACAAAAAUGUGUUCUCCCCUUUUCGAAAUUUAUAAGAUCACAAAGUGACUGAUGGGUUUGAUACACUCAAUAGAAGAACGCUCCUGUUGCCGCACACUGCUGUUCAGCUGGCUGAAAGUAGGCUGCUACACUUUACUCACCAUUACAGGGAUGACAAAUUCAGCUGUUCACAAUUAUUCAUAACGUAAGGAAAGAUGUACUUACUGUUAUUAUCGCUCAGAUGGAAUGACAAGAAAGUUGCAGUAUAAAAUAUAAUAAUACACAAGAGUAUUUACACAUGUAAGUGGAGAAAAAUGGACAAUCAUCAUUCUGUGUAAACUAAACGAUCGUCACUCAUGACUAAUAUUAAAACAAAACUACUGAAAUUGGAGUCACAAAAAGGUUGAAUAAAUGCUUCGUAGUGAGAAAAAAAUGGUUAAAAUAGCACUUGAAUACUAAUAUUAAAUUUAGUUGAUGUUUAUUCUAUCAAUUUGCUUUAGUUUACGUAUCAAAAUUGGAGUAAAAAAUUUAUUUUGCAGAUACCAUUGCUAGAUUUUAAGUAUCAGUGGAUUGCAUAAAAUUAAAAGGGUUGGGCAUAAUUGUUGCUUUUCUGUUUCAUAUAAAAGCUCUGAAAUUAAUCAGUGUUUAAUGUAUUCUCAUACCAACCCACGUGUAAAAGGGAUUUAUGUAAAUUAUUAAGUAAAUUAUGACGCCGUAGUGUUAGUUUUCUUCUUUUACUGAAAGGGAUCUGGAGAUUUAAAUAAAACUCCAGGGAGAAGAGCUAAUCAGGUAGAUAUGCUAUAAAAAGACGUGUAAAUGCUGCAUCAUCAAGAUAGAAAAAGAAAGUUUAAAAAAGAACAAAGUGAUUUAAAAACUAUUAGAAUUACAUACUGGCCCAUGCUGAGUAAGUCAUUUUAAAUAAUAAUCUAUUCCUGAGGUAUACGUACAAUGCGACAUUGAGACCCAAUUUUUCUGUGCUACUUUCUAAAAGGGAAAAGACAGGAGAAUGUUCAGUAAAGCAGGAAAUGGGGGGGGGGGGAAGCUUCUCACCUAAACCUUUCCACAGUCAGAGCAAGGAUUAAAAAGUUUACUUGAAACAAAACUAAGCUGGAAAAGUCCCUAAGCUCAUCUUGCCACCAUGUACAGUUAGCAGGAUGAAUCAGUUUCCAAAGUUUUUCAUUUCUGCAAUGAAAGAUGAAUUCAUUUUAAGCCUCUUUACACAUCUUUAUCAAGGAGGCCAAUAAAUGUUGUGGGCGACUCAAAGUGCAAAAAAAAAGUUGGAUUUAUACUAAUUAAAAUGCUUUUCAAGGUCGAGAAAAAGGCAUUUUCUACUUUUCAAUUUGUGCUCGUACCGGACGAGACACUUGAGAUCGAAGGGUAUGUAAUUUGAAAACGUUAAAAUCCUAAAGUUUGACAUUUUUCACAAAAAGAUCUCUGCAAUAAUGCAGCCAGUACUUAAUGCAUUAAGUACUCCAUAAAUUAUAUUAAAAAAAAAAAAAAAAGAACUAAAAAUUGUUUCUUAGCACUUUGGAAUGAGGUCUUUUGCACCUAAAACACGUGAAAAAAUGUCAAAAGCUUAUAAUAUUGGGGGCUUUUUUUUUUUUUGCCUUCACAACGAGAUUACAGUUUAGUCUCCGCUGAGGAUUUAGUUCACACACAAACCUGAUGUUCCCAGUCCAAUGUUUGGGAAGGGAGAAACCGUCCAAUCUGCUGUGUGCAAUACGCGCAUAUGUUGUAGCCGUCACAAAUGUCGAGUGUGGGAGCGCACUUGUUCUCGGAUGUUUACCGGUGUAAAACUGCAGGUGUGGAUGCGGUUCUGAGUGUGUGUUUGUUGGGGUGCAUGUGCGUGUGUGAGUGGGUGUCUUUUUGUUUCGGUCUUUUGUUCUCGUUGCCGAAUUAAAAAAAAAAACAAAAAAACAAAAGAAAGAAGAAAAAAAAAGCUAACCCCUAUGUCCAUCACUGUGAAUCUAACAUUAUCCUCCUCACAUGUUUGUGAAUAUGUCGGCCGCCACCCAUCGAAGAAAAUGAACAAAUGUAAAGAGCAAAAAAUUUUAAAAAAUGAUGCAGAUGACGAUAACAAUAAAAUAUUCCAGUAGAGGAGCA